AAAGUUUUAGUAGAUUUAAUAUGAAGAAGAACCAUGUGGCUGUGGUGUCAUUUAUGUACAUUUUAUUAUUGUUUAUGCAAUGUAUCGAUUAUCAAAUCAACCGUUAUCUUAUUAUAAAUUCCACUUCUUCAACUCUUUCCAUUCUUUAUCCAGAAUAUUCAUCAGAAGCAAUCUGAGCAAACAAUAAAAAAUUGGUUAGUGUUAAAGGAAAAAAAAAAAGAAAAUGAUAUGGAGAAGUGCUUACGUUAUGCCAGGAAACAGUCGGUCUCCACCAACAACCAAACUGGCAACACUUUGGAAACCGACCUUUGAACAACACUAACUCGAAGAGGUUGCUUUAUCUGGAAGAAUUCUAAGACAAAGCUCAACUCAUUCCAAACUCAGGAUACGGGCUAACUGAGUCCGGGGUUCCAGGGAAAUGGGCAGUGCCAAAGUUUUCUGUGUUGGAACGGCUGAUACUAAGCUUGACGAGCUCCGUUUCCUGUCCGAGUCAGUUCGAUCCUCUCUCAAUGGUUCCUCCAACAGCUCUUCCUCCAAGGUAGAAGUUGUGAUAGUUGAUGUCUCUGUUGGUCAAAAGGAAAUCGAGAGUUUAAAUGAUUUCAAGUUUGUGUCAAGAAAGGAGAUUCUUUUGUGCUAUUCUGAAUCAGUUGGAGAAAACCCAAUGCUUCCAGAUGAUAGAGGCAAAGCUGUUGGUGUUAUGAGUAAAGCACUUGAACAUUUUAUUAAGAAAGCUCAGGCUGAUGGUGUUCUUGCUGGAGCUAUUGGCCUUGGAGGCAGUGGAGGCACAUCUUUGCUAUCACCUGCUUUCAGAUCGCUUCCUGUUGGUGUGCCAAAGAUCAUUGUAUCAACUGUAGCUAGCGGUCAAACUGAACCUUAUGUUGGAACAUCGGAUUUGAUAUUGUUUCCAUCAGUUGUGGAUAUCUGUGGGAUUAAUAGUGUUAGUAGAGCUGUGUUAUCAAAUGCUGGAGCUGCUUUGGCUGGAAUGGCGAUAGGAAGGCUUGAGAGGUUGCAAGACUCUUGUAGCAAAGGCAAAAAAUGUACAGUUGGUAUAACCAUGUUUGGGGUCACAACUCCAUGUGUUAAUGCUGUGAAAGAAAGAUUGCAAAAGGAAGGUUAUGAAACCCUUAUUUUCCAUGCCACUGGGAUAGGGGGCAAGGCUAUGGAAUCGCUGGUUAGAGAAGGAUAUAUACAGGGAGUUUUGGACAUUACAACUACAGAGGUUGCAGAUUAUGUAGUUGGAGGUGUGAUGGCUUGUGACAGUUCUCGUUUUGAUGUUAUUAUAGAGAAGAAAAUCCCUUUGGUCCUCAGUGUGGGAGCCUUAGAUAUGGUGAACUUUGGACCUAAAGAUACCAUACCCUCAAAUUUUCAGCAAAGAAAGAUUCAUGUCCACAAUGCCCAGGUAUCACUCAUGCGAACCACAGCAGACGAGAACAAAAAAUUUGCUGGCUUUAUAGCAGAUAAACUGAACAAGUCUUCGUCAAAGAUCUGUGUGUGCCUGCCACAAAAGGGUGUUUCAGCAUUGGAUGCAUCAGGGAAGCCCUUCUAUGAUCCUGAGGCUACUGGUACCCUUUUAAACGAACUGAAGAGACAUAUUCAGAUAAAUGAAGAUCGGCAGGUAAAGAUGUAUCCUUACCAUAUCAAUGACCCUGAGUUUGUGGAUGCAUUGGUUGACUCAUUUAUAGAGAUCUGUUCAAAGAGUCCUACAGAUUCUAGUCUUCCCCAGGUUGCUUCUUGUGAGUCCAGCCAGGACCUUCAAAAGGAUCAUGACUACAAUAUGAACUCUUUGAGCUCUGGGACCAUUACCUAUAGCCCAAGCAACUUCCCUGAUGCAAGACCAGAAACUUUACAAAGAACUCAGGGAAUAUUGCAGCAACUCAGAGAUCAAAUAUCUAAAGGACUGCCUAUAGUAGGAGCUGGUGCAGGGACUGGAAUAUCUGCAAAAUUUGAGGAGGCUGGUGGUGUUGAUCUUAUAGUUUUGUACAAUUCAGGACGCUUUCGUAUGGCAGGAAGGGGUUCUUUGGCGGGCCUAUUGCCCUUUGCUGAUGCAAAUGCCAUAGUCCUUGAGAUGGCGAAUGAAGUACUGCCAGUGGUGAAGGCAGUACCAGUUCUUGCUGGAGUGUGUGGAACUGAUCCUUUUCGCCGAAUGGAUUACUUCCUGAAGCAAUUGGAAUCAAUUGGAUUCUCUGGAGUACAAAAUUUUCCAACUGUGGGAUUAUUUGAUGGUAACUUUAGACAAAAUCUGGAAGAGACCGGAAUGGGAUAUGGGUUGGAGGUUCAGAUGAUUGAAAAAGCACAUAAAAUGGGUUUCUUGACAACUCCUUACGCUUUCAACACUAAUGAAGCUGUGGAAAUGGCAAAAGCUGGUGCUGAUAUAAUAGUGGCCCAUAUGGGACUCACCACAUCUGGUUCUAUAGGUGCCAAGACAGCUGUCUCAAUCGAGGAAAGUGUAGUUUGUGUUCAAGCUAUCGCUGAUGCUGCUCAUAGCAUCAAUCCUAAUGUCAUUGUGCUCUGUCAUGGAGGUCCAAUCUCUGGUCCUCUGGAAGCUGAAUUCAUAUUGAAAAGAACCAAGGGAGUUAAUGGGUUUUAUGGUGCAUCGAGCAUGGAGAGGCUACCAGUUGAACAAGCUAUAACAAGUACCGUUCAGCAAUACAAAUCAAUAUCAAUCAAGUGAACUUGAAUAUCAGUUCCUAAUCGAGCCAGAUUCUUUUCCUAGCGUAUUUUUUUCUUACAACUCAUGGCUGUGAUUAAAUAAAAAUAGGUCAAGUAAUGUGUGAGAAUAAUCCCGAGUUGUCCAUGUAUAAUGUUGUCAAAUUAACGUUUGAUUGUUCAUAUACUUGGUAAAUGGGAAGAACUGAGGCUGUGAGGCAUGUGCAAGUUUUAUCAAAUAAUGCUAAUUGACAUGACAGGUUUUUGUUU